AUGUUUGCCGUCGGUGGAAUGUUCGGCGGUUUGAUUUCUGGAUGGCUAGCCGAUAAAGUCGGUCGACGAGGUGGUCUACUAUACAACAAUCUGCUCGCGUUCGUUGCUGCUGCUCUGAUGGGCUUGGCGAAGCCGGGCGGUGCCUAUCCGAUGAUUGUGCUGGGCCGAUUGUUCAUUGGAUUUUACUGUGGAUUGACGUGCAUUGUUCCGAUGUACCUGGCCGAGACGUCACCAACGAAUCUCCGUGGAAUGCUCGGUUCUCUGCAUCAGCUGCUGGUUACCAUUGCUAUAUUGGUCUCUCAGAUACUGGGCUUACCGUACAUACUUGGUACUACAGAGCGAUGGCCCUGGAUUUUUGCGUUCACAGUCGUACCGGCUGUGCUGCAAGUGAUCACAUUGCCGAUGAUUCCCGAAUCGCCCAAAUACACGCUGUGCGUUCGUGGACAGCAGGACAAAGCAACCAGAGAUCUGAAGAAAUUGAGAGGGACAAAUGAUGUGAGCGCCGAAAUUGAAAUGUUCCGCGAAGAAGCCGCAGCCAGUGGAGCGGCAGCAGCACAACGUCCUUCAAUGGUUGACAUGUUCCGUGGAUCAUUGCUAUGGCCGAUGACGAUCGCUAUCAUGAUGAUGCUUGCUCAGCAAUUAUCAGGUAUCAACGUAGCGAUGUUCUACUCGACGGUAAUUUUCAAGCAGGCUGGUCUUAGCAACGAAAGUGCCGUUUAUGCAACAAUUGGCAUGGGUACGGUAAAUGUGAUCAUGACCGUCAUUUCUGUAUGGCUG